CCAUCAUGUGAUGGUCCUGCCCAAGUGAUUUAAGCUGCUGGAGCCAGCGCUGAGUCACGUUGGCUGUGGAGCAGGGGCUUGGGGCAUCUGCAGCAUGGAGCAAGGAUUGGUUGUUACCCAGCUGGAUGUACAGCCUGGAGAGUGUGUCAAGGUCAAAGGGAAGAUCCCAUCUGAUGCCAAAGGGUUUUCUGUGAAUGUAGGGAAGGACAGCAGCACCCUCAUGCUUCAUUUCAACCCUCGCUUUGACUGCCAUGGGGAUGUCAACACUGUUGUGUGCAACUCGAAGGAGGAUGGCAUGUGGGGUGAGGAGGACAGGAAGGCUGACUUCCCCUUUCAGCAUGGCGACAAGGUUGAGAUCUGUAUCUCCUUCGAUGCAGCGGAGGUCAAGGUGAAGGUACCUGAAGCGGAGUUUGAGUUUCCCAAUCGGCUGGGCAUGGAGAAAAUUCAAUAUCUGGCUGUGGAGGGUGACUUUAAAGUGAAAGCUAUUAAGUUCAGCUAACUGCUACAGCUUGUUUUUGUUUUCUUUUCCCCUGCAUAGUGAAAUAAACCCAAACUUGCCAUG